CAAGCCUACAGGAAAUAUAAAGACAGAAGGCCGGUCGCGUUCUCGGCGUUGAACUUCAAACGGUAGCGCCCGACAGACGGAGAUAUAAAAGGAAGAGGAAGGAAGAGAGAGGGGCUGAGAAGAGGAAGAGGAGAUGGGGGUGGAUUAUUACAAGACCCUCGGCGUCAACCGGAACGCCAAGGAUGACGACCUCAAGAAGGCCUACCGCAAGCUCGCCAUGAAAUGGCACCCCGACAAGAACCCCAACAACAAGAAAGACGCUGAGGCCAAGUUCAAGCAAAUCUCCGAAGCCUACGAUGUUUUGAGCGAUCCGCAAAAGAGGGCGAUCUACGAUCAGUACGGAGAGGACGGGCUUAAGGGGCAGGUCCCCCCGCCUACCGGCGGGGCCUCGGGGUUCCCCGGCGGCGCUGCCCAUUUCCAGUUCAACCCCCGGAGCGCCGACGAGAUCUUUUCCGAGUUCUUCGGCUUCUCCAGCCCGUUCGGCACCGGCGGCGGCCGGGGGAUGGGGGACGCUGCCGCCGGUGGGUCCCGCGGCGGCGGCGGUCCGUUCCCCGGAGGCAUCUUUGGGGAGGAUAUAUUCGCGGCGUUCGGGGGAGGGAGAGGGGGCGCGGAGGCGUCCGCCAGGAAGGCGCCGCAGAUCGAGCGGACAUUGGUUUGUAGCCUUGAGGAUCUAUACAAGGGGAAGACGAAGAAAAUGAGGAUCUCGAGGGAUGUGAUGGACUCCAAUGGGAGGCCGGCUAGUGUGGAGGAGAUUUUGACUAUUGACAUCAAGCCUGGCUGGAAGAAGGGUACAAAGAUCACAUUCCCAGAGAAAGGCAAUGAGCAGCGCAGUUUAGUACCUGCAGAUCUGGUUUUCAUCAUUGAUGAAAGACCUCAUGGCAUCUUUAAGAGGGAAGGGAAUGAUUUGAUCGUCACCCAGAAGAUCUCACUUGUUGAAGCUCUCACAGGUUAUGUCGUACAGCUGACAACUCUCGAUGGUCGAAGUCUAACUAUUCCCAUCGAUACCAUAAUCAGUCCCACUUAUGAGGAAAUUGUUCAAGGUGAAGGGAUGCCAAUUACAAAAGAGCCAUCUAAGAAAGGAAACUUAAGGAUUAAAUUUCAAAUCAAGUUCCCCUCUAAACUUACACCAGAGCAAAAGGCAGGCAUCAAGCAGUUGUUAGCUCCUUCUUGACUGAUUUAUGCUUAUUCGUUCUUGUAAUUUUGUUGAAUACUUCAGCUCCCAUAUCGUGGCUUUGUGAAGAAACUGUGGCAGUGCAAGCUUUUUUUUUCAUUAUUUAUUUAUUUGUAAUGAACUCUAGCAGAACUGACCUUAUAGUUUGGUUAGUAGUUGAUAUAGCGCUUGAUUUCAUUUUU